UAGUGUGUUUCAAUAUAUAUUCCCAAGUUUUUUCCACUGAUCUCAAACACUUUAAGCAAAUAUGAAGAAGCUUUUCUUUUUCACAUUCUUACUUACCUUUCUUCUCUUAACAUCUUCCUUCAUAGACAUUGUCAUCGCCAUGCCCGUGUUUUGUGGCAAAAAAUGCAAGAAGAGAUGCUCAAAGGCAGGAGUGAUGGAUAGAUGCAUCAAGUAUUGUGGGAUUUGCUGUGGCUAUUGCAAGUGUGUUCCUUCUGGAACUUAUGGAAAUAAGCAUGAGUGCCCUUGUUAUAGGGACAUGAGAAGUUCUAAGGGUAAGCCCAAGUGCCCUUGAGAUGAGAAAUGGCUAUUCAACAAAAAGGCAGAUAUGCAAUAUGUGUUUGAUGAU